AUGGGAGUAUGGAAACCUCUCUUCCAGGCUGUUCUGCUGCGAGCUGUGCCAAGGUUGCAGGGGCCAGCUACAUGGGGGAGGCCUCUACACCGCCUGUGGUUCUGUACUGGCCAAGAGACUUCCAAAAGGUGGGUGGGGAACAGGUCUCCCACCUCCCAGGAGAAGCCACCAGGCACAGAGAUGGAGAAAUUCCACACAAUCUACCGAUUCAGAGCCAUCAGAGUGCUUGGGUUCCUAUCUCGGCUAAAGCUGGCACAGACAGGAGUGACUGUGGUAGCCGUGCCGCCAGGCUUGUACCUCUACUCACAGGGCCUCGUGACCCUCAGUUCACUCUGCCUUAUGAGUGGGAUCGCUGCCAUUGCCCUGGUCAUGUUGUGUUGGAUGAGUCACUUCUUCCGGAGGCUGGUGGGCAUCCUGUAUGUGAAUGAGUCAGGUACCCUGCUUCAAGUGGCCCACCUGACCUUCUGGGGCCGGCGACAGGACACGUACUGUGCUGUAUCAGACAUGAUCCCCCUGUCAGAAUGCAAGGACCGGGUCCAGGAUAUGUUCGUGCGCAUCCAGCAGUACAGUGGCAAGCAGACCUUCUACCUCACCCUACGCUAUGGCCGCAUCCUAGACAAAGAACGCUUCUCACAAGUGUUUGGAACCCUGGCCACACGCAAGUAAAGAAGAGAAACUAGGUCUCUCGUAGCUCUGGUUACACUUGGAUUUUAUUUUAUUUUUUAAAGAUUUGUUUAUUAUGCAUACAGUGCACAUUAGAUCACAUUAUAGAUGGUUGUGAGCCACCAUGUGGUUACUGGGGAUUGAACUCAGGGCCCCUGGAAGAGCAGACAGUCCUCUUAUCCACUGAGCCAUCUCUCCAGCCCCUAUACUUGGGUUUUAGACAGAAGGCAAAAACAUGGAUGAGACAGAAGCUAAUCACCAGGGUCUGGGGCUGAAGCUCAGUUGGUAGACUGCUUAUCUAGCAUGCCGGAAGUGAAGCCCUGGGUUCAAUCCCCAGUACCA